AUGGUUCUUCAACUUGCUGAAAAUGGCGACCUUCGUUCCUAUUUAUGUAAUCACUUCUCAGAAUUAGAUUGGAUAACUAAAAUUAAAAUGGCAAAAGAUAUUUCUAGUGGAGUUAAUUAUUUACACAAUGCAAAUAUUAUUCAUCUUGAUAUUGUAAGAAACCUUUUCUGCUUAGUUUACCUCUCGCUUUUUGUUAUGUUCGUUAAUAUUACUAUCCAUAUACCUGAUCCAGUAAGGAUAGCUUUACAAGUAAUUGAAGGCAAAAGAGAAAAUCCUGUUAACGGAACUCCGGUUGACUUUAUGAAUAUUUAUUGUGAUGCUUGGAGUGGUGAUCCAAAUUUACGUCCUAGCAUAGACAAAAUCCGUGUUAAAUUAAAUUAUAUACGAAUGGUUCCAAUUUAUCACAGUGAAAAAGAUAUAGGUAUUUCGAGUAAUGAUACAGAAUUUAAUUCAUCUAAACUAGAUGAUGCUGAUGAUAGCAUUCAAGAUAUGACUUUAAUAG